ACUCAUUCAGUCUCUCAUCAGCAGCAGCAUUGUCAGCAUCCUGUGAGGUGUGUCUGGAGCUGCAGACAGACAGACAGACAGACAGACAGAUCACCGUUGGACAGACUGAAAACAACCCCGUUGGUACCGACCAUGGCGUCCAAAUGUCCAAAAUGCGACAAGACGGUGUAUUUCGCGGAGAAGGUGUCAUCUUUAGGGAAGGACUGGCACAAGUUCUGUCUGAAAUGUGAGCGCUGCAACAAGACGCUGAAUCCAGGAGGCCAUGCUGAGCAUGAUGGGAAGCCUUACUGUCACAAGCCUUGCUACGCCGCCCUCUAUGGACCAAAAGGCGUGAACAUCGGCGGAGCCGGUUCCUACGUGUACGACAAUCCUGUCAAUGAAGCUCCUGCAGCUGUUUCCAUGGAAACAGAUGCCAAACCAGAGGAGGAGAAAAAAGCCCCCGCUCGGGGACCCGUGAAGGCUGCAAGUUUCUCAUCUUUCUCUGGAGGACCCAACAUCUGCCCCAGAUGCAACAAGACGGUAUAUUUUGCUGAGAAAGUCUCGUCUCUGGGGAAGAACUGGCAUCGGCCUUGUCUGCGCUGUGAGAGGUGCAGUAAGACUUUGGCAGCAGGCAGCCAUGCAGAGCAUGAUGGACAGCCUUACUGCCACAAACCAUGCUAUGCUGUGCUGUUUGGACCCAAAGGUGUAAACACUGGAGGCGUCGGCAGCUACAUCUAUGAUGAUCCUGCAGCUGAGGCACAGCCUUGAACCUUGAUGGAUGCUGCCUCCACCAUGCAGACAAACAAACACCUCCAGGACCCUCCAUGUCUCUUUGAUUUGCCUUCAGUGGUCAUUGUGACAGAUAUGUACUGCACUCACAGGGAUGGAUACUUAGAUCUUUACGUUGUAUUUGUAUAUUGUUUAUAUAUCUAUUUUUUGUACUGAAACAAACCUUUAAUAUGUCCUCCUGUGUGAGUUUCAGAUCUGCCUUUACAUUUCUUAGUUCUCUUUGCCAAAUAGUUAUUAGCCGAUUACUGUAGUGGAUUACAGUGACUAUCAAAAAUAUCCAACCCUCUUCGAGGUUAGGUUUUCUCCUUUUAUGGCUUUUCAGCACCUAACCAUGUUUUAUACAAAAAAAGCACUCAGAGAGCACAGUACUCCACCAAGGCUGCUCAGUCGUAUCAUUUCCAAGGGCAGAAAUCUUGAAAAAAAUCAUGCCAGAAAUCACGGCACUAUAGAAUGUGGCCAUUUAAUAUAGAUGUAGUCACAAACAAAAUUACCUUGCUCUGAGCACAGGUGUGUGUUAUGCAUGUGUACGUUAUGUACAGAUACCAAAUCAUGUGACCUAAAUAUAUAGCGGGUGGUGGGAAUUGAUGGGACUCAGAAACACCCCCACAAUUUACCAACUGUUCUUUUUUUCCCCAACAAAUAAGUCCUGAUAAGUCUGCAGUGGUGCAACCGUGAUCGUCAGCAGACAGCUGACGUAGCGUUCACUUGUUGUCAUAGUUACAGUGACGGUGUGUCGCCAUCUCGCAAUGAUACAGAAAUUUUUAACAAAUCUGUGGAUCCAGACUAUAAGCCGCAUCACUGCCAGAAUCUAAUCAGGUGGUCCCUGUGUUAUUUCUGACCUUCCCUGAAAAUUUCAUCCAAAUUUGUUUGUUUCUUUUUGAGUAAUGUUGAUAGCAGACAAACGUACGCUGACUGUCACAUAACUCUCUAACUUCCUAGGCGGUGAAAUAAUUCGGUUUUUUUGGACAAGAACUUACAAAAGACAAAUAUUUCUUGCCUAAGUGAAAACAGAUUUCUACAAAGUAUCAUCAAUUACGUAAAAAAUAUCAAUGUAAAAUAAGAGAUGCAUAAGUAUUCACCUCCCGUAUUUAGAAGAUGAACCUUUGGCAGCAAUUACAGCAUUGACCCCAUGUGGAUAGGUCUCAAUCAGCUAUGUACAUCUAGACACUGCAAUUUUCGUGCCCCAUUCUGCUUUGUAAAACUGCUUAAGCUUUGUCAGGAUACACUGAGUGUGCAGUAAGGGAACAGCUUUGCUUACAUUUAGCCACAAAUUUUGAGUUGGAUUGAGGUCUGUGCUCUGACUUGGCCACUCCACAACAUUCACGUUGUUGUCUUUAAACAAUUUCUCUUUGGCUGUUUGCUUUAGGCUAUUAUCUGCUGGAAAACAGAUCUUCUCCCAGGAUACAGUUCUCUUGCAUCAGGUACCUCUACAAACCUUCCAGGACCUGCUACAGAGACUCAGCCCCACAUCAUGAUGCUGCCACCCCCGUGCUUCACUGUGGGGAUUGUGCAUUUAGUCUGAUCUCCAAAAAACUCAAUGUUGGACCCUGCCAAUAUAGCUUGUAGCUCCUUCAGAGGCCUCAUAGGUGUCUUGAUGGCCUCCCUCACUAGUCUUUUCUUGCAUGUUUAAUCAAUUUCUGCCACAGGCAGAGUUACACGUGCCAUGUUUCUUCCAUUUCUUAUGAAUAUAAUUAACUUUACUCCAAAAGAUAUUCAGUGACUUGAAAAUGUUCUUGUAUCCAUCCCCUGAAUUAUGUUUUUUAAAAACAUUUUUAUGAAAAGUGUUCCUCUGUUUUCAGGGUGUACUUGUAACCAGGAGUACUGAUGUACUAGCGACUGGACCUUCCAGAUACAGAUGUUGUUAUACUAGUAUCACUGAGUCACAUUCACUGCACUCAGAUGAUUCCACUCCCUGUGUGACCUCUAGCAGCAGUUGGCUGCAACUGUGUUGAAUGAGGUGAGUCACUUUAAAAGGGCUGAAGUCUUAUGCAAUCACUUACGUUUAGUAUUUUUAUUUAUUUGACAUUGCUCUGUAGAGAUCUGUUUUUACUUUGACAUAAAAGAGUUGUCAAAAAGGCCACAUCAAAUUGACAGUGAGUCAGUGUUGAACAGCCAAAAAAUGGGAAAACUUCUAAGAGGGUGAACACUUUUUCUAGGCAAAUUAACUCCUGUGUUUUUUCACUCUUGAUUAGUAGUUUUUCAGAUUUUUGUGCACUUACAACAAGUACUGUAUGAAAAAAGUAUUAGGUCACCGAUUUAUAUUGAGUGUUUUUUGAACAAGUUCAUUCUGGUCCUAAAAAGAAGGACGACAGUGUAGGUGUAGCGAAGAAACAUUUUACUGAAUGUUAUGAGGGUGCGUUUGAGGGUCUGUUACAAACAUGAAGCUGUCAGCUGUUUAUCACGUUUUAUACAGUAAAACUGUGUGAUAGCAAACCUGUGUUGAGUGUCAGUCGAUGUGUGUUUGUUCACACAUACUGUAUUACAAAAUCACAUGCUAUAUUAGGAAAGCAGUCCCUGCAGGAUUUCGCGGGCAUUUUUCGAAAUUGUUGCGGCCCAAAAUGCCUGAAUUCGCGGCAGCUUUUCUAAAGAGUUGCAGUGUAAGUUGCAAUGUUUUAAGCUUAUUUGUUGCGAUGAAAUUGCGGGGGGACAGUGACAACUGCUAAAAAGUUGCAUUUUUCCAGCUUUUAGAACAUGUUUCAAAAUUGUAAUUUACAAUAUUUAUUCCGAAAUUAAUUCUUUAACGCUCCAGCCCAUUUACACAGAAGCUGGCAUACCAUGGUGGUAAAUUAGCAGCAGCCAGAUACUGGUUUAACAUGAAGUGGUUGGUACAUUUAAGGCACAAAAUGAUAAUUUACUAUGGAAUGAAUCACAUUUGGACAUAUCUGUCAGUGGCUUAAAAAGUUAAUUUCACUUCCUGGCACACACACAUUCACACACACACUCACGACUUGUCACAUCAUUUAACAAGACAAGCACUCAGAGAGCGCAGUACUCCACCAAGACUGUUCAUUACCUGACCUUGCGCUGAACACAGGUGUGUGUUAUGCAAGUGCACAUACCGAAUCGGGUGACCUAAAUAUGUAACGGGCGCCGGAAAUUGAUGGGACUCAGGAAAACCCCCACAGUUUAAUCAGUUGUUCCUUCUAUCAUUUCCGAUACGUCCACAGUGGUGGAUUAGUAGUAGGAUCACAAUCAUGUGAUCGUCAGCAGGCCACUUGUUGCCAUGGUUACCGUGCCACGAUCAUAUGCCAUGCCGCUAUCUCAAUGGGAAAUCCCUAACAAAUCCGUGGAUCCAGACUUUAAGCCCCAUCACUGCCAAAAUCGAAUCACUUGGUCCUUGUGUCAUUUCUGACCUUUCCUGAAAAUUUCAUCCAAAUCCUUUGGUCUGUUUUUGAGUAAUGUUGCUAACAGAGGAAUGAUUCACAUAAGCCGAUUGUCACAUAACUCCGACUGUUCCUUGGCGGAAUAACUACUCUAACUUACCUUCAUUCUUUCAGUGCUCCAACAGAUCUGGAUGCAGCAGUUUCCAUCAUGGUGAUUUAUCUGGUCUGUGGUCCGCUCCUUUCAGACGUUCUCCUAAUAUGUUUCGUGGUAGAAAAGUGUUUAUCAAUCGAUGAUUUUUAAUUUUUUUUUUUUUGUAUUCCACCACAAUUUUGCACAUGUGUAAAACAGUUUACGUCCGCUUUGGUGAAGAACAUCAGGGAAUUAAUUGUUUUGCACAGUCUUCAGCAAUAAUUUUUGUUGGUAAAUGAGAAACAUUAGAAUGGGACAUGUCUGCAUCUUCAAACCAAAAACAAGGAAGUAAAUUCAGGACGUAUGUGCAUUAUGUUUGCGCUGGGGACUGCUAUGAUUGGUGGAACUCAUGGGAGGCUUGCCAAAAUUGCGGAAAAGUUGCGGUGAUUGGACAAAAUUGCAAGGUCGCGCAGAAUUCGAGGAGAUUGGUUGAAUUCGCGUGAAUUCGCGCGAUCGCAACAUUGCGAAUUCCUGGAGGGACUGAGGAAAGGUUCAUUUUAUGCAGGGGGAGUAUCUUACACACAAAGGGCAAAAAAUUUAACUGGUCAUUUGUCUGACCAAAGUAAUUAAAUGAAAUUCAACUUAAAUGAUAUACAAAAAGAAAAUCAGCAAAACAUUACAAUGGAGAAACAAAAUCAGCAUUUAUUUUUAUUUAUUUUAUUGAUUUAUUUGUAGCAAUUUUUUCAAUAAAUUACAUCACUUAAUUGUCAUAGACACAGUGUUUGAUUAAGCGACUCAGUAAACCAAAUAUAACCUGCUCCAGUGCAAAGAAAACAAAAUAUUUGGACAAUAUAUCACAAUUACUCUAUAUGAAAAGUUCUGUGAAAGGGUUAAUGACCAUCUAGAGGUUGGUUUUAGCAGAAACUAAACUGAAACUUAAAAAGAGGCCAUCUUCACCACCAGUGGCAGAAAAACUACCAGUGUAGAGGAAAUACAUUUUAAAAGGUUACAUGAAUAAAUAACAGUGUGAUUUUAUUCAUAAAACAAUGUUUUAAUUUGUUAUUUAUUGAAGUUUUUCCCAGAGUUGGGUGCAGUCUAAAAGGUAAACGUCACUGACAGGAUGGAGUCUGGCACGCCCCUUACUGGAAAUACAGGCCCUGAGGAGAUUGUCAAGCUGAACAGAAUACUACUGACAGCUGAAAGUGUUGCUUUACAGAAUAAUUGUGUUGAAAGGGAUAGUAACGAUGCAGUCCCAAUAUUCUGCAGAGCAACUCCUCAAGACUUUUUCUUUAUGUUUUGGCCACAGUUUUUAAUGUAGUGCUUUUUGCUCCACCCAACACCUUUAAUAAUUUAUUUCAUUAAAAAUUCAAUUAUAAAAUGUGUGCUUCAAUAACAGUGUAAUAAUAUGAAAUGCCAUUGUGCCACAUUAUUACCAUGGCUGUAGGCACUAAGUCCUGUUUUGUUUUGGAUUUUAGCAGCUUAGAGAUAGUUUGUAUUAUACAAAUAAAAACUUAAAGCAUCACUGGUGUUUUUGUAUAGCAACUUCUGUGUUUUCUAUUUAUAUUUUCGUCAUGCCCCCAUGUAUGAUGACAAUAAAGCCAUUCUAUUCUA